GUGAAUGAAACUCUCGGCGACACCGUCGUGGCAAAAUCCAGGGUUGUUGCUGCUUUGACAAAGCCUAGCGAAGCCCUAGGUGACACUAUGGCAAGGUCAAACAACGCCAUGAUGAGGCCUGGGGUGACGCCAGUUGUGCGCGAGACAGGUUUCCAUGACGGCACCACAAGAGAUGGAUUUGAUGUCCAUGCCAGAAAAAAGGCGACGCUAGCAAGCUGGGGGUAG